AUGGGUCGAAACUUGAAUAUUGCAUGGCUUGUUUGUAUUUUUUUACUAAAAUGUAACUUUGUCGAUGCAGGAAAGCGUUUUCGAAUUUUUGGUGGAAAGGAGACCCGCAUAGAGAAUCAUCCAUGGAUGGUUUCACUUAUAGUUCCUGAUAUUGGUCACAACUGCGGUGGGUCUCUUAUAAAUGAAGACACGGUCCUAACAGCAGCACAUUGUUUAGCAGAGAAAGUAAAGUACUCCGACAAAAUUAAGCCCAUAAAUCUACCAGAAGAAGGUCUUAAAGUAACAGAAGGGACUUCAGCUGUAGUUGCAGGCUGGGGAAGAACUGAGCCUUUAGGAAAUGCCUCGAAUAUUCUGAUGGAGACCAAAGUUAAAGUUUCUAAAUCUGAGAGAGAUUACCUAAUUGUUGCUGGUGAAAGAAAAUCAGGAAUUUGUGGGGGAGACUCUGGAGGACCUUUAGAAUUAGAAGAUACCAUAGUGGGUAUUGUGUCGUACACUAGCGGUCCAGAAUGCGAAGAAAGUGGUAUACCUGGAAAAUAUAUGAAUGUACCCUUCUACCGCACGUGGAUAGACAAAACACUAAACUCGUUUUUAUAAGCAACUAUGUUUCAGAUAAUAAAUAAAUCUUAUUAUUAUUA